AUUUCCAAUCACAUAGUAGCAAAUUAGUCGAUUGAAUUCUGGAUGUGUCAGCUGUUGUAAUCAUCAAUUACAUUAUCGAAUUUAAAUACGUUAUAUUCAUCGUUUAUUUAGAUGUUACCUAGGCUUGGAAUUACGCAAAACGGAAUAUUUCAAAACGUAUAAUAUAUUAUUAAAUAUAUACUAUUAAACCUAAUAAUAUUUUGAAAAAUAAUUUCAAAAUGAAUAUCUAUUCCCUGUCUCGCCAAAAAGUUUAAGAAAGUUCGAUAAAACUUUAGAAAAAGAUAUCAGGGUCGAAUCAAGACGACCUUGAUAUAUAUUGUCAAGAUCACUGUCCUGACAGUCAAAAAAUUUUAGACGUCGCUCGGACCACUAUUUCGGAGAUAAUUGGCCGUUUCUAAAGUUUUGACACACUCUGUAUAUAUAUUUGAGAAACAGAAUAUAGAUAGCGAAGAAAUUGAUAAGUCUGACAACGUUUCUCUGAUAGCGCUUAUCGUCUUUUAUAUGUAAUAUUUCUCGCGGCUCGUCAACGACUAACGUUCAAUCAACAUAUCAACUUAUCUUCAGGACCGAUUCUUUUUGCAACAAACAUCGCUCGAAAUAAUUGAUUGGUAGCUACAGAACAAUGGGAUCUUUUGAAAUACUAUGUGGAAUUGCUGCCGUACUUCUUGUUGUUUACUAUUAUUUUACAUCAAACUAUGACUUUUGGAAAUCACGUGGUAUUCGCGGUCCAAAACCGAUACCAAUUUUUGGUAAUUUUAAAGAUGUUAUGCUUGGUAAAAAGCUCCCAGGUAUUUAUUUAAUGGAAAUAUACAAUGAGUACAAAAAUGAAUCCAUGAUUGGAAUAUUCAAUAGAAAGACACCCAUUCUUAUUGUAAAAAAUCCAGAUUUAAUUAAGGAUAUUCUUAUCAAAGAUUUUUCCAAGUUCGCCGAUAGAGGAUUUCCUCGUGGCAGUGAAAAAGUUGAUCCACUGUCACAACAUCUUUUUGGUUUAGAGCCUAAAAGAUGGCGACCUUUAAGAACAUGUUUAUCGCCCGUUUUUACAUCUGGUAAACUAAAAGAGAUGUUCUCAUUAAUAUCGGAAUGCGCAGAUCAUCUUGAACAAUAUAUAGAAAAAUUAGUGAGCAAAAAUGAACCUAUAGAAUUUCGUGAAAUAAUGGCAAAAUAUACGACUGAUGUAAUCGGUACUUGUGCUUUUGGCAUCGAAAUGAAUGCUCUGUCGGACGAAGACAGCGAAUUUCGUAGGAUGGGAAGAAUGGUCUUCACGCCAACUUGGAAAAGUAUUUUACGGGCGACAAUAAAACAAUCUAUGCCACGGUUCUCCGAAAUACUCAAUUAUAUCAUAUCAUUACAAACGCAGGCCAGUCAAUUUUUCAUGCGCGUUGUCAUAGAAAUGAUGAAUUACAGAGAAACCAAUAAUAUCAUUAGACAUGAUUUCAUUGAUAUUCUGCGCGAAUUAAAAAAGAAUCCAGAUAAAAUGGGCGAUAUCGAGAUGACCGACAGCUUGAUAGCUUCUCAAGCGUUCGUAUUUUUCCUUGCCGGUUUUGAAACUUCAUCGUUGACCAUGAGCCAUGCACUUUAUGAAUUAGCAUUAAAUGAACAAAUACAAGACAAGCUACGUGAGGAAAUUGAUCAAGAGUACACUAACCAUGAUAGCAAUUUAACAUAUGAGAAAAUUAAAAAAAUGAAUUAUUUGGAUAAAGUUUUCAAAGAAACUUUACGAAAAUAUCCGGUAGUGACAAUUCUUAUAAGACAAUCUACAUCAAGUUAUAUUUUCGAUGGUGCCAGACUUGAUAUACCAAAGGAUCAAAAGGUAUGGAUUCCGGUUUUAGCGAUUCACCGAGAUCCGGAUAUUUAUCCGAAGCCAGAUGUUUUUGAUCCAGAAAGAUUUAAUGACGAAGCAGUGCAAGCUAGACAUCCGAUGCAUUAUUUACCUUUUGGUGAUGGACCAAGGAAUUGCAUUGGUGCUCGUUUUGCCAUUUAUCAAACAAAGAUUGGUCUUGUAAAGAUUCUACGCAACUAUAAAGUUGAGGUUUGCGAUAAAACGCAAAUACCCUACAUAAUUAAUCCCAAAGCAACUAUGUUAGCACCAAAGCAUGGAAUACAUUUGAGAAUAACCAAAAUUAAUCGGUCCAGACCCUGAAAGGAUGAGCUGUAUGGAAGAACAUAACUUACUUACCUCGUGACACACUUUAUUCGGGCGUGUGUAUGGAUCGGGUCGAACGAAUGUGAAGGGCCUGAUACAGGUCAGCGACCGAAGGUCUGUUUAACUCUGCGUUUUUACGCCUAUUCGUUCGGUGGUCCUUUUUCGGUAAAGGAAUUUAAUUCUUGUUAUGCGGGAUAGGACCUAGUGCAAUCUCAGGGAAGAGAACAAGUUAAAUAAUUAAACUAAAUCGAAAGGAAUUGAAAAAUUCUUUAAAUUGUACGCGAAAAUUUAAACGAUAACACAAGGCAUAUACAUAUAUUUUACUUGAUGCAUUUACCAAGAUAU